UGGUUCUGCUGCUCAGCUGUGGUCAGACACGCUGUAGAAAUACUAAUACCGCCACGGUCGUUUACACAGCAAUCAAAUGUCUUAAUUAAACCAGGGUGUUUUCAUAGAUCAGGUUGAGCAGAAGCAGAUUCUUAGAGCUAAUAAGAGAUAUGCUAAUAAAUCAUUAGCUGCUCGUUGGCUGUAUUGACCAGCUUUAUAAAAUCCCACUUCAUACUUGAACUUGGGUAAUACAAAAGACAAAUGAUAACCGAAUGUCACAUGAUGAGACAGGUCGCUGGAGGUCGUUUGUCUCUUUCGAUUCGGUCCAUAUAAUACAUGUUUGUUUGUUUUUUAUUAUAAAUGACUUGAUUGUGCCUCAGUGUUUAAUGGAUAAAGGCCAGUCAAAUCCACAAGGUCUACUAAAUAAAUGUUUUCAAUGUGAAGUGUGGAAAAGCCUUCAGGGUACAGGAGUUUCCCACAGGAUCACCUCCACAUAGUUAAACAUAUCAGGUUUACAUAAUCUAGAAACUCACUGAUCUCUUCACUCCUGCUCCAUCAGAUUAUUGUCUCUUUGCUGCUUUUAUUCAAACAUGUCUUCUACUGUGCUGAAGCACAGAAGUUUUGGUGAGACCAAAUAACUAACAGCUAACAUUUAUAUAGAUUACAAUAACCACAGGGCGGGUCUGUGUACGUGAUGUUCAGUGGGUGCAGGGCAGCCCACAGCCUGAGGAACCACCAGGUUGGCCAAACAGAGAAAUACUUAUAUAUAUUUACACCAGCCAAAUUAGUUUAUAUUUAAGAUUCCCUGGGAUUUCUAAUCAACCUGAACUAAAAAACAAAAACAAAACCCUAGUAACAGAUACUUAUAUUUUUGUGCCAGUGCCUGACACCUAAUCACUUCAGACAGGUACAGUCAACUCAGAAGUGUCCUGAGGAUCAAUCACACAAUGCUGCAUAUUUGUUGGUGACACAAAGUGUGAAGAAAAAAUUCUCAGGGAUUAUCCCAAACGAGGUCUACAAGCUCCAACCUGUUGCUUUGACAUGUGGGUCUUGACGAGUUAAUAUUACAAGCAGUAAUGUUCUUAAAUUCUCUCUCUUCUUCUUCUACUUCCUGUUCUUGUUCUUCUUUUACAUUCUCAGUCAGACGUCUUUCUAGUUUGCUGCUCUGUAAUUGUUGUUUCUGCGUUGGUGUCCAAAAGAAUUCAUGCCUGUCUGUCUGUCUGUCUGUUCUCAGACUGUAGGUAAACUCACUCAUUUAGGCGUAGUCAUUCUUGUUAAAUAUAACAUAGUCUAUUUAUAUUCAACUCAUUCUACUCCUUUGUUCUUGACAUGUUUUCUCUGUUUCUUUUUUUAAUCAAGCUACAUGUACUGGACUGACUGGGGAGAGGAGCCCAGGAUAGAGCGAGCUGGCAUGGAUGGCAGCAACAGGAAAGUGAUUGUGAAAACAGAUAUUUACUGGCCCAACGGUCUUACCAUUGACCUGCUGGAGAACAAGCUCUACUGGGCAGAUGCUAAACUCAGCUUCAUUCACAGAGCUCACUUGGACGGUGCAGCACGUGAAGCAGUGGUGGAAGGCACACUCACCCAUCCUUUCGCCCUGACGCUGUCUGAGGAGACGCUGUACUGGACAGACUGGCAGACCCGCUCCAUCCACGCUUGUAACAAACACAGUGGAGACAAAACCAGAGAGAUUCUCAGUGGGAUUUACUCACCCAUGGACAUCCAGGUUCUGGAGCCUUAUCGUCAACCUGACAUCCAGACACCCUGCAGUAACAAUAAUGGAGGCUGCAGCCAUCUCUGCCUCCUGUCUCCAGUCCAGCCCUUCUACAGCUGCGCCUGUCCCACUGGUGUCAUGCUAAAACCAGAUGGAAAGACAUGCAAGCCAGGGGCAGAGCAAGUCCUGCUGCUUGCUCGACGAACUGACCUAAGGAGAAUCUCACUGGACUUACCGGACUUUACUGACAUCGUACUUCAGGUCGAUGACAUCCGUCACGCCAUUGCCAUUGACUAUGACCCAAUUGAAGGUUAUGUCUAUUGGACAGAUGAUGAAGUUCGGGCUAUCAGGCGAUGUCAUAUUGAUGGUAGCAAUGCCAUGAUGCUGGUUACCACGGAGAUCAACCAUCCAGAUGGCGUCGCUGUGGACUGGGUGGCCAGAAACCUUUACUGGACUGAUACUGGAACUGACCGUAUUGAGGUUACCAGACUGAAUGGAACCUUUCGCAAAAUUUUGAUUUCUGAGAACCUUGAUGAACCCAGAGCAAUUGUCCUGGAUCCAGUUAAUGGCUUCAUGUACUGGACUGACUGGGGUGAGCAUCCAAAGAUCGAACGAGCCAAUUUGGAUGGAACAGACCGGCUUGUUCUGCUCAACAGUUCUCUGGGCUGGCCAAAUGGACUGGCCUUAGAUCACACAGCCGGAAAACUUUACUGGGGAGAUGCUAAAACAGACAAGAUAGAGGUGAUCAAUGUGGACGGCAGUAACAGGCAAGUGCUGCUAGAAGACAAGCUCCCUCAUAUCUUUGGCUUCACUCUGCUGGGAGAUUACAUCUACUGGACUGACUGGCAGAGACGCAGCAUCGAGAGGGUCCACAAAACCACUGCAGUUAGAGAGAUCAUCAUUGAUCAGCUUCCAGAUUUAAUGGGUCUGAAGGCCACCAAAGUGACGGAGACAUAUGGUACGAAUGGCUGUGCAGUGGAUAAUGGAGGCUGCAGCCACUUGUGUUUCUGGCGUCGGCAAAGUGUGGGUUGUGCGUGUCCCAUGGGUAUGGAGCUCCUCUCUGACCUGCAGACCUGUGUGGUGCCAGAGGCCUUUCUGCUCUUUACCAACAGGGACAACAUCAGGAGUAUCUCUCUGGGUACAAACAGCAAUGACGUAGCCAUCCCACUGACGGGGGUCAAAGAAGCCUCAGCUCUGGACUUUGAUGUGUCAGAAAGGAGAAUAUACUGGACAGACAUACAGGCCAAGAAAAUCAGCAGGGCCUAUAUGAAUGGAAGCUCAGUGGAACACGUUAUAGAGUUCGGACUGGAUUACCCAGAGGGCAUGUCAGUGGACUGGAUGGGCCGGAACAUUUACUGGGCUGAUACAGGCACCAACCGCAUCGAGGUGGCUCGCUUGGAUGGACAGUAUCGUCAGGUUCUGGUCUGUAAGGAUCUUGACAAUCCACGUUCACUGGACAAUCCUCGAUCACUGGCUCUGGAUCCAGCCAACGGCUACAUGUACUGGACAGAGUGGGGGGGGCGUCCUCGCAUAGCCAGAGCCUAUAUGGAUGGCAGCACCAUCACCACCCUGGUGGAUAAAGUGGGUCGUGCCAAUGGACUGACCAUUGACUAUGUGGAUCAUCGGCUCUACUGGACCGACCUGGACACGUGUAUGAUUGAAAGCACCAAUAUGCAAGGUCUUCAGAGAGAGAUCAUCAUAGAUGACCUUCCACAUCCGUUCGGUCUGACACAGUACAGAGACUUCAUCUACUGGACCGACUUCAAUCUGCGUAGCAUUGAGCGGGCAGAUAAACGCAGUGGACAAAACCGCACUGUGGUGCUGCAGGGGCAGCUGGAACUGAUGCUGGACAUCCUGGUCUUCCACUCCUCUCGCCAGGACGGUAACAAUGAAUGCUCCCAUAACAACGGUAACUGUGCCCACCUCUGCCUGGCCACGCCCGCUGGAGCCCAGUGUCGCUGCGCUUCCCAUUACACCUUGAAUCCUGAUGGAAGGAACUGUAGCUCUCCCUCCAGUUUCCUGCUCUUCAGUCAAAAAGCCAGCAUCAGCAGGAUGGUUUUGGGGGAGCAGAGUCCCGAUAUCAUUCUGCCCAUCCAUGUCCUGAGGAACGUCCGAGCUGUUAGCUACGACCCGCUGGAUCGCCUUGUGUACUGGCUGGAUGGACGGCAGAACAUUCGCAGGGCCAGGGACGAUGGCGCUAUGUCCAUGAUUGUGAGCAGCACUGUACAAUCUGUGGACAAUCAGCUUCAUGACCUCAGCCUGGACCCCUACAGUCGCCACAUUUACUGGACCUGUGAGACCACCAACACCAUCAAAGUCCAGAGGAUGGACGGAAAGACUGUGGGUGUGGUCCUAAAGGACGACAUUGACAAACCCCGCGCCAUUGUAGUGAGCGCGGAGAAAGGGUACAUGUAUUUCACCACAUUGCAGGAGCGCUCGGCGAAGAUAGAGGGCGCCAGUCUGGACGGGACAGAGAGAGAAUCUCUGUUUACCACUGGUCUUAUCAGACCUGUGGCUCUGGCUCUGGACAAUAAACUAGGAAAACUGUUUUGGGUCGAUGCCGACCUCAAACGCAUUGAGAGUAGUGAUCUGACUGGAGCCAAUCGCAUUGUCCUCCAGGACUCCAACAUUCUCCAACCAAUGGGCCUGACAGUUCUGGGAGAUCAUCUUUACUGGAUCGACCGGCAGCACCAGGUGAUAGAGAGGGUGGACAAAAUGACCGGAGAUGGACGUACACGCAUCCAGGGACGGAUUUCUUACCUGACCUCCAUCCAUGCUGUUGAAGAGAUGGAUCCACAAGAUUUUGCAUCCCACCCUUGCUCACGUGACAACGGCGGCUGCUCCCACAUCUGUAUUGCCAAGGGUGAUGGUACUCCUCGCUGCUCCUGUCCCAUGCACCUGGUUCUACUGCAGGAUUUGCUGCGGUGUGGAGAGCCACCUACCUGCUCCACGGAGCAGUUCACCUGCUCCACAGGUGAGAUCGACUGUAUUCCUAUGGCCUGGCGCUGCGACGGUUUCUCUGAAUGUGAAGAUGGCAGCGAUGAGAAGAACUGCCCCGUCUGCUCUGCCUCCCAAUUCCAGUGUGACAAGGGCGGCUGCAUUGAUGCCCAGUGGCGCUGCAACGGAGAACCCGACUGUGCCGACAACUCAGAUGAGCAGGACUGUGAAGUCAUCUGCUCUCCAAACCAGUUCCGCUGUGGUGACAACCAGUGCAUCACUAAGAAACAACAGUGUGACAACUACUCCGACUGUCCUGACGGAUCAGACGAGCUCUCCUGUGAAUACAUGUCGCCGCCCUCCAGUGGCAUUCCCAACACCGGCACCAACACCAUCGGCCCAGUCAUUGCCAUCAUCCUGCUGGUGUUUGUGAUUGGAGGAGCUUAUUUUUUCUGCCAGCGUGUGGUGUGUCGACGCUACAAGGGCCCCACUGGUAGUUUUCCUCACGAGUACAUUAGUGGUACACCCCACGUACCGCUGAACUUCAUCGCCCCCAACAGCUCGCAGCAUGGCACCUUCCAAGGUAUCUCCUGUGGUAAGUCUAUGAUGAGCUCAGUCAGUCUGAUGGGCAGCAGCAGCAGUGGAGCUCCUCUCUACGAUAGAAACCAUGUGACAGGAGCCUCGUCCAGCAGCUCGUCAUCAACCAAAGGAGCCUUCUACCCUCAGAUACUGAAUCCUCCUCCAUCUCCGGCCACUGACCGCUCUCUAUACAACACUGAGGUUUUCUACUCCUCCAACAGUCCAUCCACCAGCAGGUCCUACAGGCCAUACCACCCAGUCCGUGGCGCUGCACCGCCUACCACGCCCUGCAGCACUGACGUCUGUGACAGUGACUACACACCUCACCACCUGCCGGUCGGGCUGGCACCAUCAACGGGCCGCUGGAAAGCCGUGAGCCACAGCAGCCAUGGCAAACACAACAAGUACUACAUGGACCUAAACUCGGACUCUGACCCUUACCCCCCACCUCCAACCCCCCGCUCCCAGUACAUGUCCGCUGAGGAGAGCUGUCCUCCGUCUCCUUCCACUGAGCGUUCUUACUUCCACCUGUGCCCGCCUCCCCCCUCACCUUGCACCGACUCCUCGUGACCCUCCCCCAGUGGAGCUCUGUGAGGAAGGAAAGGACACAGAACUGGUCUUGUCAGGUUCUACAGUACCAGAGACAGAAGUCACAGGUACCAGAUUCUUCAGCUCCAGUGCCUCCGUAAAGGUUUCCCAUUUCCCUUGUCGGUCUUGUCAUCAUUCCAGUCGUCCUGCAGCUCUCAGGUGACCAUCAUCUAAUCUGUUCCGGUGUCCUGCUCUUGUAUGGACUUUUUUCGAGGCAGGUUACAGGUUUGAGGCUCUUUCUGUUCUUUCUUUCUCUAUGAAGGACACAAAAAGAUGCUGUUAGUUUCAUUUUCAUUCCAGCAGAAAAAACAGGUUUCCUGCGCACGGCUGCUUCCUGUGGUGAAUGUGAGUAUAACUCCUGACCUCUUGUUCACUAGUGGGCGCUUGUGUUGAGUUUUAAUUCCAUAACUUUUCCACUUGCAUGCACUGGUAGCAAAGACUUGGACGUCCUGCCUCAUCUUCACUUUUACCUCCAGGCCUUUUGUCCUCACCUUCCUCACAGUAUCCUUGUUGCCACAGGAGCAGUAGGACUGUAAAUAAUGUUAAAAUAUUAUGAAAAAAAAAAUCAGAGAAGAAUUAUUUUGCUAUUUUAAUUAAUGCUGGCUUUGAUACCAUGGCACAGAUGAGAAAAGAUGUGUGAAAAAUAAGAUUUAUAGAUGACGACUGGAUGAAUGUUUAGAGACAGUGAAUAAGUGAAUAUCCAAUAGGAGGGUUGGUGAAACAGUGGAAAUGUUGUGGACACAAGAGCCUGAAACCAAAACUCUAGAGGUUAAUGAAUGUCGCAACGUUCACCUUCGUGGUCAUGAACUUUGUGGAGUAUCCUUCAGAUUAACAUCAUGGCGCUUCAGUGCAGUUAGUUAGAACUGAAGACUCCUCCACCUUGGACCAUGUGAGUGCAGUGUGAAAUUAGAACGGUUAUUCAAAUACUUUCCACUAGGAGGAGAUCCUGAGUUCGCAUUAAGGUUAAUGUCCAUCAUCUGGCCUAAUAAUUUCAUGGAAUCUCCCAGGAGUAGAGGGAGGAAAGUUGCCCCUGCUACACCUCUGCAGGCCAAUCACGGCCAAAUAUGGAGCAUGGAUCAAUGAAUAUAAAAUUAGUGAGUGAAUGAGGAAAAAAGUGCCAUGACCUUUGGACUUUAUUAUUGAAACUUUGUCCCUCAUCAUUUCAUACUUCUUCAGUUGAAACAGCUAACAGCUUACAAAGUUACCACCUGACAACAACUUCAGUGACGAAGAAAAACAACAAACCAAAAGAAUAUCACCGUGUAAAGCUAUUGUACAUAUGUGUAAUGAAGUGGUGGAGUGAGCAUGGACGUAUCUCUGAUGUUCUGUUGUGAAUCUGAACCUCUUCUUCUCUCUCAUCAUCCCGUUUACCAAAAGUAUGUUUGCUGCUAUUGUGUACAUACCAUGUUAGAUCCUGUGACCUAUCCUAAUUACCCAGAAUUCCCCUUACUCCCAAAAAGUUACCACUCUCAUACUGACAGUAGAUCAUUAAGCUAUUUUAAACGUAAUAACAAAUUAUUCUUAUAGCAACGUUUUCUUACUCAUAUCUGUGUUUGUGUUGUAGACCAUUGUGUAUGUUUUCUGUCCAUCUUUGUUUUGAAGGAGUUUUUUUUUAAACAGAAAAAGUGAAAGGUAAACCAGGGUUCAGAGCUGGACCAGAUGUACGAUAAUGCCUGUCUUUGUAUGAUAAUUUCACCUUCUACUCAAUCAGUGAUUCAAAACUUUCCAUAUGGUAUUAUGACGUGAGAUGCCGUGUUAAAAGUGAAAUGGAGAGCACUUUUAUUUCCCAUGAUGACCAAAGAGACUAACCAGCCCAACUGAAAUAGGCAGAAACCACCAGCCAAUCAAAGGCAGAGUGUGUGGGUCUUCGUCAUCCUGCUGUUGACGAAUGGUACAACCUGAAAAAAUAAGCCUUUUGUUUUAUUUAGUGAGACGAAACAUGGGAAAAAGGAGAAUGCCUAAAUAAACUACUAGCUUUUCUGAACGAGGCCAAAAGAUGAAAAGUAUCGAUAUUUUCACCCCAGUGAAUAAAGUUUGAUCCAUUCUGAUCUUAUUAUUUUUUUGCAGAAAAAACAGACUUAGCAACUGUGGCUGUCGUUUUAGACUGAACAUCCCAGCGCCUACAGACUGAUCAGGACCUGUUUGUCAAUUUUAUUCAUGACUAAGAAAUUGUCACAAAAACAUGUACCAGCACUUAACUUCUGGAACUUCAGAGAACAGAAGUGAAUGAUGUCUGUCGUCAGCCUGGACCCUGAUGUGAACCUUUGAAUUCAAGGCUCUAACCGUAGCCUGAAACAAACCACUGUGUCAGUGAAACUCCUACAAACCCUAGUUUAUGUUGUCUCAACUGAGGUAAAAAAUGCUUUUACACUUGUGACAGAUUUUGUAUCAAAAGCAUUUUUAUAUAAUAAAGGUUCUAUUUUAAGGAA